AGUUAUUUUUCCUCGGACAUGUUUUGCUAACCCGUCUCUUCCUCUUGACCACACAGUUGUGAUUCUCGUGCAGGUUGCUAUGGUAAUCGGCCACAGUUCGACAGUACAAGAUGGAGGACAACGCCGCCGCCACUCUCGACGAUAUUGUGACAAAAUGUCUUACUUACGAAGAUUUCCUCGAUACGAAAGUUACUUCUUUGGACUUGUAUUAUCUAGAGGAUGAGGAGUUUGCCCGUGAGCUGCUGGAGCUGGGAUACAGGAGCAGUGGGCUGGGUCUGAAGAGGGAGGAGUUUGAGACCAGGAAGGCAGCGGCAGAGGCCUCCAGGCUAUCUAAGAGAAGGCAGCAGAAGACAUUGGCAAGUGUAGGAAAAGAGCUCCAAGAUAACUUCCUGAGAGCACUGGCGAACCGAGAGGAGGCCAACCGCAGUGGGAAAAUGAAGUCUAUUAUUUUCCUAAGGGACCGUAAUGCUCUUGGACAGGAAGUCUCUGGCUAUAUCGACUACUCUCACAGACUGAAGACUGAGGACUUUGAACCGUACUUCAAUGGAAAGAAGAGGCUUCUGCCAAGACCUACAGAUUUAAGCUUCUACAACUGGGAGACCCAGGUGUCCACGUCUAAUGCCAGCCCUAACUAUCAGGUGAUUGCUGAGAACUCCAGUGGUCUGCUCUUCAUGAACAAGAUGGACAGAAAGAUCCUUAACGUUGACCCUAAGGUCAUGCCGGGUGACAACUCCUCCAGAGCUCCGCUCCAGUCGGAUUUGUACAUCCAGGUCGUCAUUUACGACCACAUCACCCGGAAGCAAACCAUAACCAGCGAGACCUAGCCCACUCCAUCGCUGCCCAGCCCCACCACACUACUAUGAAACACACAUUGGAACGUUCUGGAAGCCUCUAAUUUGGUGUAAUAAAGGUUUUUUUUGUCACUGACGAGCUGUUACUCCUGCCUUUUGCUAUCAGUCCCUCCAUCUGUGUGUUGGACUGAGGACGGUGUAGCCUAACAAUUCUCCAGUCAGCUGUGUAGUGUAGUGUAGUUGUGAACUGUUGUGUAGUGUACUAGUGAACUGUAGUAUAGUGUAGUGUGGUAUA